AGCGGCUUUCAUAAUGUACCUUGGCUGCAAUUGCAUAAAUCUGCCACGUAGACUCCCCUCCAAAAUACUGCUAGGGCAUCCUCUGAACCUAGCUGUGCCCAAAGUCAGCUGCACUGUCACUGUUUUGCAGCCUAAAUUAAUAUUUAAAAGAGCCUGUCCUCAGACAUGCUUUUCUGUAUAUACAGCUCCUGUCCCUACAGGGCUUUUGUUGGCUUCUGUUUAUUUCCUGUGUUUCCUCAAGAAUUGUCCUGCCUGACAGACCAGAGUGCCAUCCUGAUGCCGGCAUGUGCAGGCUGGUGAGCUCUAACUAGAUGUGUGCAGCACUGAAUGGAUGAAAGAAGCCUCACGCUGAGUGUUUCUUUGCACAGUAAGGUGCAUGAUGUAUGGAUUCGGGGACGACCAGAACCCUUACACAGAAUCAGUGGACAUUCUUGAGGACCUGGUAAUAGAGUUUAUCACUGAAAUGACACACAAGGCCAUGUCCAUUGGGCGGCAGGGUCGUGUACAGGUUGAGGACAUUGUCUUUCUAAUACGCAAGGAUCCCCGGAAGUUUGCCAGAGUUAAAGACCUCCUAACUAUGAAUGAAGAACUGAAACGAGCAAGAAAGGCUUUUGAUGAAGCAAACUAUGGGUCUUGAUUCUGCACACAAGCUGCACUGGGGCAUUAUUUGGGCACCUGCUCCACAGUAAGAAGGAAAAUCGUGUGUGUUUGCAAGGUUUUUUCAGGAUGGAGGUCACUGCUGGGAUGUCUGCUCUCACUCCCAGUCUUUUCUGAGAAAUAGUCAAGCAGCUGAAAUGUUACCUAAUUGUAUGUGGUAUACUUAGGUAUUUUCAUACCAUUUGAUGAAAUGAAAAAAAGAGCUCUAAAAAUUCCUGCAAUGGUAGGAGUCUGUUUGAAGUAGGCCUGUGUUGAAUCAGAUGGCUCGAGAGCUGAUGAUUCAUGAUGCUCUAAAAUUGUUUCAUUUGUCACUGGUUAUUCCUGUGACAGGAAACCCAGAAAAUGGAUCCUCGUUAUCUGUAUAAAAACCUUAAGCUCAAACAGGUAUCAAAGUUGUGCUCUUUGCUCUGUAUAUGCUUUUUGAAUAAAACUUAAGUUUGUGCUCACGUUUCAUAA